AUGGGUGAUGGUGAAAGGCAAGAAGAUUUUCAGAACUGUGCCCAGUGCCACGGUGUGGAAAGGGGGAGGGACAUGCAUAAAACUGAACCAAAUCUCCAAGGUCUCUUUGGUAGGAAGAUAGGACAGGCUGCUGGAUUCUCUUACACAGAUGGCAACAUGAGCAAUACAUGGGGAGAGGAUAUGAUGGAAUAUUUGGAGAAUCCUAAAAAGCAAAUCCCUGGAACAAGAAUGACCUUCGCUGGAAUUAAUAAGAAGGAAGAAAGUGCAGACCUAAUAGCUUAUCUUAAAAAGAGGAAUAAUGAGUAA